AACUAAGGAAAGAUUAAAUCAAUCUAUGGAGAUGAGCAGCGCGAACAAAUUGACGUGUGACUUGCUGGUUGAGAUUCUCUCCCGACUGCCCGUCAAAUCUCUGUACCGCUUCGCCUGUGUUUCGAAAUCUUGGAACGCCAUCAUCACCAACAACAAUGGUUACUACCGCAAGAAGCUACCCUCGCCCCUCCCCGGAGUCUUCUAUGAGGUGGGCGACGAGUUCGAUGAAGACUCGGUGUACGUCAGCACGCCAACCAAUCACCUUCUGCAAGAGGAUUCUAUCGGCUUCGACAUCAAAUCUGUUCUCGGUUUCUUGCCUCAACAUCACAAAUUACUGGUGCAAAGCACUUGCAAUGGCUUGAUCUUGUGUUCUACUCGGCCUGACAAGUGCCUUUACGUAUGCAAUCCAGCCACCAAGAGAUAUCACAAGAUACCUGAACCUGCAGAUGACCAUCCCUACCAAAUGGCCUUAGCCUUUGAUCCCCGUCUCUCCCCCCACUACAAGGUUGUCGCGAUGAUCAAUAGACCAGACACCAAUUAUAUGGAGAUCCUGUCAUCUGAGACCCGCGAGUGGGUAAAGUACGAGGACUGUAAGGGGCGGAUUAAUCAUGCAUAUACCACUGUUUCAGCUUUUGUUCGUGGAAAUUUGCAUUUCUUGGACCUCUACGGCUCUUUCAUACUGGCAGUGGAUCUCAAGAAGAAGGUUUGUCGAGAAAUAGAGACACCAAGUACUAAAGACCCCAUACGGGCGGGAUGCAUUCAGCAAUUUGGUGGAAGUUUGCGUUGCGCUCUGAGGACGAGAGAAGAAAUAUUUGUUUGGGAUUUGGUGGAUUACGAUAAUCUGCAAUGGAGGUCGAGAUAUAGGGUCGACCUUCAAAGAUUUAUCGAGCAACCUCGACAGGGUUUAUGGUUCUGGUUGCACAUCAAAGUCAGCGCACUUCAUCCAGAUACGGAUGUAAUUUUCAUAGUCAUAGGUUAUAAGCUCUUAUCUUACAAUUUGAUUACUCGCGAGAUCACCCAGGUAUGCAAAUUAAGGGGCAUGGAUCCGGUAUAUUUCUGUACCUACUCGCCAUGCUAUUCUGAUCAUCUCCAUUAAUAAGUGAGAAGAAGAGAAGCGUGAAGCUUGUCAGCGUAAUUUCGAUGAUAUUACUUUUUUUUUUCCCUUUCUGCUGCGACUUGUUAGAUUUAUACAUAAAACGAAGGAAUUACAUUUGCUUCCGUACCUACUGGCCAUGCUAUUCUGAAGACCUCGAAUUAUAAAGUUGUAAGCAUUGAAAUUUGAAGAGAUGGAGUCUACCGAAGCCACCGAUGUUCUGUUUUCAGCUGUCGGUUUCGCCAAAUUCCCUCCCGAUUGAGAGAUAUCAGCGUUUUUGUCAGUUUUUUGGUAUUUUAGGUAAUGUUUUAGGAGUCUGUUUUGAUUAGGAAACGAAUCCGGUUUGAUCCAAAAUUUGACCGAUUUGCUUUCUUAAUCCUAGAGAGUCUUUGUAGGAAGAGUUUAGUUAUUUCUAUUUUUGGUAAAGUUUGAGUUAUAAUAGGAGUCGUGUUUUUUCUAUUU